AUGGAUCGGAAGAGGCGACUGAAGAGGCAACAGCGAAAGGCCGAAACUGAUCGAUCAGUUUCGACCGCUGCUUCCGGACGAUUACGGUCUCUGUUAGUCCGUUUGAUCACCUCUCACGCUAUCAGGGUACAGACUCCACCUCGACACAUUCCAGGGGUAGUGGAGGUGACAUUAUCCUAUAAGUCGAAGCAGUUUUGUAAAGGUGCACCCGGCCGAUUUGUAUAUACAGCCUUAACAGAACCGACUAUAGACUACGGAUUUCAGAGGCUUAUGAAACUUGUACCCAGACACCCUGGAGACCCAGAACGGUUACCAAAGGAAAUCAUCUUGAAGCGAGCGGCAGAUCUAGCUGAGGCCUUAUACAGCAUGCCCCGCAACCCUAACCAGUUGUCUCUGCCAGCACCCCGUUCACCUGCCAUGAACAACACGUCAGCGAUGUCCAGUUUCAAUACCUACACAAGCCAGUUGGCUGUUAGUGUCCAGGACGCGGCCAAUGGUCAGUGGGAAGAAGGUUAUGGCCGCGGUCAAAGUUCAAGCGUUUCGCCACGAGGUUAUGGUUCGAACGGCUCAACUCCACAUAGUAGCAGCAGUAGUAGCUACAGUACUACAGGCAUGAACGGUUACCAUGGAAGCGCGGGUGGGCUUGGAAAUAUGGGUCUGCUGCCGCCACCGUUCUCGCCGCCACCACACCCACCACUUCCACCACUGCCGCCGCCACCACCACCAUCACGCCCACCAUCAGUGAUUUCCAGUAGUUCCUGUCAGUUGUCAUCCAUGGGCUUCGGUUCGAUCGCCAGCGACGCCUUAUCCCAAUCGUCGCCCUACCUCGGACACACAAACAGCCUCGCCGUCAACAGCCUCAUCAACAAUAGUCAUCUCCAUCACAACAACAGCAGCAACAGCAACAACUACAACAACAACAGUAGUAGCAGUCCUCACAGUAGCAGUCACAGCAGCAGCAACAACAACAACAACAACAGUACUGAUAUGAACAAUGUAUAUAGUGCAGCGAGUGGCGGGUCUUUCACGUUUUCGCCCGUCAACAUGGUCAGUGUUGUGAAAGAGAAGAGUGCAUUCGCACCUGUGUCACGAAUGAGCAACAGUCCACUCGGAAUGUGUACGGCACCUGUGCGCAGCAGUCUGCAAGGUUUCGGUAGUAUGAUGUCUCCGCCGUUCCCCACAUUCAGCCCUUAUGCUUUGCCAUCGUGCAACGGUUAAGAAUACCAACAGCGUCUCAAGAAAAGCAUGCGACCAAAUAAUAAAAGGAAAAAAACGUUCAACCAGAGCCACCAUAGACGAGGCGAUAAGAUGUCGUUACGCCUACUACUAUGACAACUACUAUUACUACUACUAUCAAUAAUAAUAAUAAUAACAACAACAACAACAACAACAACAAUAAUAAUAAUAAUGACGAUGGCGGUGAUGAUGAAGACGACGACGAUGACGACGACGACGAAGAUGAUGAUGAUGAUGAUGAUGAUGAUCUCUUUACUGGCCACGCGGGCCCAAGACAUUCAGGAUUAAUAAUAACAAUAAUAAUAAUUUCUUUAUUGACUUCGAGGACUGAAGAAAUCCAAAGA